CAGUCAGCUGAGGGAGGAGGAACUCCGACAACAGAAAGUCAACCAGGAAACCGAAGCUGCUGAACUGACCCACCGCCCUGGUGUGACGGCCAAACGGCGGUAUUAACGAUAGGAAUCACAGUAUAACAGUACAGGAUUAGCCUUUGGUAUUUAAGGUGAUACAAAGCAGCGACAUGGCUUCCCUUUUCAAGAAGAAGACUGUGGAUGACAUAAUCAAGGAACAGUCUAAGGACCUGCGUGGCACUCAGAGGCAGAUCACCAGGGACAGAGCAGCGCUGGAGAAGCAAGAGAAACAAAUGGAGGCCGAAAUCAAGAAAAUGGCUAAGAGUGGCAACAAGGAGGCAUGUAAGAUUCUGGCCAAGCAGUUGGUCCAGCUGAGGAAGCAGAAGAACCGCACAUACGCCGUCAGCUCUAAGGUUACCUCCAUGUCGACUCAGACAAAAGUCAUGAACUCCCAAAUGAAGAUGGCCGGCGCCAUGUCUGCAACAGCCAAGACAAUGCAAGCAGUGAAUAAAAAAAUGGAUCCACAGAAGACACUGAAGACAAUGCAGGACUUCCAGAAGGAGAACAUGAAGAUGGGCAUGACCGAGGACAUGAUCAAUGACACUUUGGAUGAGAUCUUUGAUGGAUCUGACGAUGAAGAGGAAUCGCAGGACAUUGUCAACCAGGUUCUGGAUGAGAUCGGCAUUGAGAUCUCAGGAAAGAUGGUGAGCGCUCCAGCUGCAGGAAAGAGCCUCCCCAGCGCCGCCUCAUCCAAACAGGCCACCAUCUCCGACGACGAGAUCGAGCGACAGCUCCGAGCUCUGGGAGUGGACUAAUUGUCCUCUCUGUAUUAAUGUUCACAUUAUAAACCAUGUGCAACAUUAAUACGACUUGAUACGGACUCUUUUAGACACAUUGGUUUUUGUUAUUGUUGAAAUGCUACAGGUGUAACAAAUGGUGUGUAUGUGCACACACACACACACACACACACACACACACACACACACACACACACACACACACACACUAAGACAUUCAAAGGCAUGCAGGCAGACAUGUAUAUUAACAUGCACAUACUCACACUUUCUUUGGCAGGUUGCCUUACAGAUCAUUAGGGGCAGAACGUCUGAUCUAUUUAUGCGAAAAUAAUAUUUAUUAUGAAACUGGAGUGGCCACAGCCUGAAGGUGGACCAAUAAUAGAUGUUUGACCUUAAGAGCUCUUAACCACCUACGCUGUCGUUCACCACCCAUCUCUGUCUUUAUAAGGGCUACAGUAUAUGAGACCAUGGGACUGGCUUUUACUCGUCUAAUGUUUUGGUGGAUCGGCUUUUACGUGGCUGAAGAUGGAUUGUCUUUCUCCAGCAAGUUUUAAUGAGAAAAAACAUGGUAAUUAAAAAGAGUUUAGGGGUUGUCGGUAACCAGAUGGAAAUCUGUAUUUCCUACUCGCGCCAUUUACACGAUUCACUUCCUCUGAGGCCAACUAUCCUCUACUCCAUGUGGAUGUUCUUCAUUGUGAUGUGGGUCAAAUAUCCUGUGGUGUCAGAAAUGGGACUCUUUACCAUGCAAGUGACAGGGAGAAAAAGCCUCAACAACUGACCACUGUCUUCACACAAAUGGCGACAGUGGUCAAUUAGCUAAUGAAUUAUCAUGUUUUUAAAAUCCUUACCAUAGUUACAGGAGGUGAUGUAACUCAGACAAACGUAUGCAUGUGAAAUGUAUAAGUGACUAGGGUGAGGCCUUUACUUCAUCAUAAUGCAUGAGAUGGAUUGAUCAUUUCAUUUGCACGUCAGAAGAUGUGAUGCUGUACAGAUUGUGUGAGAAAACGUAAUCAAACACAAACUAGGACUAAUGUAGGACUGGCAUAUUGAAGAGAUUUGAAUCGAUUGUUUGAUGCUACUGAGUAAUCGGUUCUUUUUAUGAUUCUCGGUUGACCUGAUUGUGUAUCUUAAAUUGGACAUGGGGUUUACAGCGAUUGUAGGAUGGCACUGGUCCUGCAGUCCCUCCUCUCUUUCAGCUGCUGUGCAGUUACUGUCAUAUGUUUUAAGCUGCCUCGCUCACAAAAAUACACACACACACACACACUACAGCAACAAAAUGAUGGAAGUGUUUGCUAAAAUUACACUGUGAUCCAAGAGAUGUUUCUCUUCUUCAGAGCUGAAGCUGGCUCUUCUAUACAGUCAUCAGUGACAGGGAUACAGUAUAUUAAGUCUUUGUUUUUCUCCCUCUGACCUUUUGUUCCCACAUUGAUUCCCAUUGCCAAAAGAAAUUGAAAAUGUUUUCAUUCUUGCAUGCAUCUGACAUGUACGAUACACAAUUCAUUGACUUUUUGUAAAUCAUUCUUCCCUCUACCUUUUCAACAGUCUAUAGUUAGUGGAAACAAACACAUUUCCACACUUUUUAAAAGGUGUAUGUAUACUCCUCUUUAUUUGUUUGGUCAUUGUAAAGUGACUGUUAAGGGUUUAUGGCUUUUGUAAUGAAUAAAAUUUCUUCAGGUACAGGUUGAUGAA